GGAAGUAAAUAACAAAAUACACAAAUGUAAACAUAAAGGAGCAGUACUUGAGUAAAUGUCUGUUUUUUUCCCCUAAUGAUUGGUCUCAUUAAUUAAUCAAAGAUAUUACUCACAUCACAACAAAGCUUUAAAAGCUAAAUUUAUACAUACAGAAAAAAAACAUUUUCAAUUAAAGCUUCUUAAAUAUGCAGCAUUUCCUCAUUAACUGUGUGUUGAUUUGCAGAUCACACACAUUGCUUUUCUCCACAUAGUUACAGAUAAAAUGAAAAACCUCUGUAAACGUCUCGCUGUGAGAAACAGUGUUUAAAAUGAACUGAAGGGCAGAAACAGGCUGUUAGAAGUUAAAGAUUAGUUAACAUUAGAAACACACUUGGUGUAAAAACGACGGUCACAUGAACACCCGUCUUACAGAUAUCUGAUUUACACACUAUACAAACGAUAUGUGACUCAACAUGCAGAGUUUUAAGAAGAACAGUCGAAACAUGUUAAAUUCUAACAGAGAUCAAAUUUACUGGCUCUGCAGUCGUAAAUAAACAACAAAUAAAGAUUUUAAAUGUUAUUCCAGAUUGUUUGGUUUGUUUUAUGAAAGUUUGGUGAUAAUCGCUGCAAACUAAUUUGGAAUCUGAUUUCAGACAGUAUUGCUCCAAUCCAUAAAACUUCCAACAGUUCAUUGCCAGUGAGUUUACCUGCAGCACACACCUGAACCAGGACCUGUACCUGUACUUGUACCUGUAGCUGGACCGGAACCUGGACUUGUACCUGUAGCUGGACCUGGACUUGGACGUGGACCUGUAGCUGGACCGGAACCUGGACUUGUACCUGUAGCUGGACCGGAACCUGGAAUUGUAGCUGGACCUGGACCUGGACCUGUACUUGGACGUGGACCUGUAGCUGGACCGGAACCUGGACUUGUACCUGUAGCUGGACCGGAACCUGGAAUUGUAGCUGGACCUGGACCUGGACCUGUACUUGGACGUGGACCUGUAGCUGGACCGGAACCUGUAUUUGUACCUGGAGCUGGACCGGAACCUGGAAUUGUAGCUGGACCUGGACCUGGACCUGUACUUGGACGUGGACCUGUAGCUGGACCUGUACCUGGACUUGUACCUGGCCCUGAACCUGGAUCUGUAGCUGGACCUAGACCUGUACCUGUUCCUGGACUUGUAGCUGGACCUGAACCUGUACCUGUACUUGAACCUGGACCUGAAACUGGAUCUGUGGCUGGACCUGGCGCCUCAGGUGAUCUACGUGUUCUAUUUCUAUGCUCGAAAACAACACGGAUCCUCCGCGCAUGCGUACAUUCUAAAAUACGAUUUGCACAACGGUCCGACAUCAAAGAUGGCGGGAGCCUCCGACCCACUGGAGGACAUGCUCUUCACCGAGGUGGAUGAGAAAGCAGUUAGCGACCUAGUUGGCUCUCUGGAAUCACAACUGGGCGACCGAAAGGCUCCCGCGGCUUCUUAUUCCGACGGGAAACGGGAGGCAGCUCCUCCGGCGGCCGGUCCGUUCUCAGGGAAAGUGCGCGAUCCGGUGGGGUCUCUGGAUCCGCCGCAACAAGGGCAUCCGAAAGCGGGUUUAGACCAGGAACCGGGCGCUAAUGAGCCGCUCUCCGGUAAAGCCCUCGCCUCCUCUACCUCCUCUACGGCCGCCGCCGGGGCCGUGAUACCCGCCGGAGCUGGUCUGGGAACAGUUGGAGCUUCUCCUCCCGCGGUUCCUCCGGGACCCGGACCCGUAACUUUGACCACUCAGUCCGCGGCUGCUGUUAGCUUCCACCGGGCUGCCGUCCUGAGUCCGAGCGCGGCUCCCGCGGCGGAGGCGGUCAGGACCGGCUCUCCGGGAUUACAAAGUUUAAACGGCAGCUCCGGAGCUGCAAAGUUGGUGAACUCUCCCGCUGCCCCCCCAGCAGCCGGGACCGGCACCGUGAUAAGUUCUGUCAGCGCCGGCGGGUCCACCAUCAUCGCCUCCAUGGCUUCACAGCCCACCUUUCCUGUACCUCAGUCCUCCGUGGCGUCUCCCGGCGUGGCUCUGCAGAGGCACCCGAGCCCGGUGGCCACCCAGAACGGGGUGGACCCUAAGGGGGUCCAGCUGGUGACCCAGGGCGCCCCAGCCUCCAGCUCUCAGGUCGUGAACCACAGCAACCCUCUGAUGCACACCAAGAUGCUGGUUCAGAGCCAGCCUGUGUCCGGGAACUCUGUGAUCCUGGCAAGUACCCCUCCGCCUGCUGCAGUCCAGUCCCCCGUCAGCCAGACUCAGACCGGGACCAGUACAGCUGCUGUCACCCUGGCCGGGGGGAAGCCUGCGGUGAACGGGUUGGGCCAGCCUACGGUGGCCAUGGUGAGGCCGCCGGGCGCCCCCGUGGUGGCCACCUCCAUCCAGCAGCAGAGACCCGGGCUGGUGGCGAGCUCCCCCAGGCCGGCGGCUCCUCAACAGACUCUGGCGGUCCGACCUCAGCAGCAGACCACCAUCCAGCUGCCCCCCGGGUUCAGCAUGCCGCCUGGUAUGGUUCUGGUCCGGACGGAGACGGGUCAGCUGGUGAUGGUCCCUCAGCAGGUUCUGGCCCAGGCUCAGGCCAAGACGCAGCAGGGCCAAACGGUGGCCAACAUCACCCAGAGACCUGCAACGCCGACGGCCGGGGCCACCAUCCGGGUCACUACGGCUACCACGGCUCCUCAGACGGUCCGCCUGGCCUCCCCUGCUCAGACCAGAAUGGUUCAGUCUCCCACCACCACGGUUCAGAAGGCCAUCACGGUGGCCCCCAGCGGAGCCGCGGUGCCGGUGAAAAUGACCACCCCUCAGAAGGCCCAGACGGUGAUAACAGCGGGUGGGGCGCCUGUCGCCAAGCCUGCCGGCGUCACGUCCAACCCCGUGAACAGCACGACGCCAGCCGCCACGCCCCCCGGCAGAGUCAACGUGGUGUCCCAGGAGAUGCAGGAGAACGUGAAGAAAUGCAAGAACUUCCUCGCCACGCUGAUCAAGCUGGCGUCCCACAACUCGCCCUCCCCAGAUACCUCCAAGAAUGUGAAGGCCCUGGUGCAGGACCUGCUCGAUGCGAAGAUCGAGCCUGAGGAGUUCACCUCUCGGCUGCAGGCUGAGCUGAAGUCCUCCCCACAGCCCUACCUCAUCCCCUUCCUCAAGAAAAGCCUCCCCGCCCUGCGUCAGUCUCUGCUCAGCAACCAGCAGUCUCUGGUGACGCCCACCCCCAGCACCUCCGCACCCCCGCUGGCUGCCCCCGGCUCCGUCACCACCGCCACCAUCAGGCCGCGGCUGCCCGUCAGUCCGGCCGGCACGACCGUCAGACUGAACCCGCCCCAUACAAACACUCUGUCUUCGGGCAGAGCUUUAGUCCAGACUGUUCAGACUCGAACGCCUGUUGUCUUCAACCAGACUCUCAGACAUCAAGGUACACUUGUAAGGGGACCCACACCCACUAUAAUCAGCAAAAGUCCUGUUUACCUGGCAGGCCAAGCCAAUCAGAGGAAGCUGAGUGACCCGGGGGGCGGGACAUUCAGAGACGACGAUGACAUCAAUGACGUGGCGUCCAUGGCUGGCGUCAACCUUAACGAGGAAAACGCACGUAUCCUAGCAACCAGCUCAGAGCUGGUCGGCACAAAGAUCCGAUCCUGUAAAGAUGAGUCCUUCCUGCCUACUGGCCUGCUGCACCGCCGCAUCCUGGACACAGCUAAGAAGCUGGGCGUGACCGAGGUGCCGCUGGAGGUGGUGAACUUCAUCUCCCACGCCACCCAGUCCAGACUGCGCUCGCUGCUGGAGAAGGUUUCAGCCGUCGCUCAGCACCGCACAGACGGGGGAAAGGAUGAAGAUCUCCACGAACAGUCCUCAGACGUUCGCUCCCAGCUUCGUUUCUUCGAGCAGCUGGAGCGAAUGGAGAAACAGAGGAAAGACGAACAAGAGAGAGAGAUUCUGCUGAAGGCUGCAAAGAGUCGCGCCAGACAAGAAGAUCCAGAACAGGCUCGCCUGAAGCAGAAGGCUAAAGAGAUGCAGCAGCAGGAGUUGGCUCAGAUGCGACAACGAGACGCCAACCUCACGGCCCUCGCCGCCAUCGGGCCACGCAAGAAACGCAAGCUGGACUCCCCUGGAAGCGCGGCGGCCAGCGCAGAGGUGGCUUCAGGCUCGGGCGCCGGCUCCUCCCCGGCCGCCUCCUCCUCCCGCCAGCAGCUCCGUCAGCGGAUCACACGAGUUAACCUCAGGGACUUCAUCUUCUGCCUGGAGCAGGAGCGCUCCACGGCUCGCUCGCUCAUGCUCUACAAGGCGCUACUGAAGUAAGGACGAGCUCCCCGCCCCCCGCAGACCACAAACCGGAUCACACUUCAACCUCCAGUCCUCAUAUCCUCAAAGGUGUUUCAUUGUCACGGAUGGGGUCUUCAGUCCCCUCAGCACCCUGUAACCUGGACUCACCUGAACCCUCUUCCAGGUUUACAUCUCGUCUUGCUGGUUCAGGUGCCCAGCUUCAGACCGCACGCUACGGUCCGGCUGUGUUAAAAGAAAUCUCCGGUGGAAGCUAAGAAGCAACUGCAGCUUCCUCAGUGUUGGAUUCUCCGAGCUCAGCAGAACCCGCUGAUGGCUGCAGGUACAGAGGAGGUCAAUCAGAUUCUGGUGUCAGACAGCAGAACCAGAGAGCUCCGUUUUUAUUCCUCACAUUCUUCUCUCCUGUCCAAACCUGGCGCCCUCAUUACCCACAAUGCAACUCUGACAGUUGGGUGGAGGUCCAGUUGCAGUUUUGUUUUCACCCGAGGACAUUCAGCAGACUUCACACGGAUCCCUCUGAGACCCUGAGGGCGUCGGACUACUUUCAAACGUGUGCAGGAGAACUCCCCGAAUCCUGGAGUCACCUGGAGACUCACGCUGAGACUCUUUAACAGUGCGCAGGUCUGAAACGAGGCCCUCUCGGUCAGAGUUUCCAGACGGCGUGCUGAUCCUGACGCCUGACGCCGCGUCGACUCCAGCGCUGUACCUACAGAGGUGCCUUUCCCGUCUCAUCUUUCCGACCAUCUCCACGUAGACUGCCUGUCGUUUGUUGCCCUCAGCUGCCACUCAGGACGCCGGGCUCGUGGGCUCCUCGGUUUGUUUUUUAAAGUUUUCUGAGCACGCUCAGAUGUGUGAGGUCUUACAUUCAACCGUCACUUUUUCUUUUUAAGUUUUCCGCCGCUGCAGGGAGGGACUUAUUAGUUUUAUGAUCGUUGUUGUCAGAGGGACGUCAGAACUGUGCCGCUGCGAUGGUCGAAUGAACGAAGACGAAACAGAUCGUUUUAGACUGUGUGUGUGUGUGUGGGGGGGGGGGGGGUAAUGAUGCUGAUGGCGGUGACGGCCGACAGACUUGAAGCAACAGUCCAACAUUUAAUGAAUCAUCUUCCUCUCUGAGUCACAUGUUCAGCUCAUGUUCAAUAUGCUUAGCUUAGCAUAAAGAGUGGAAACGGGGGGAACAGUUAGCCUAGGUCAGCACAGAUGAACACGUUUUAUCCCAUUUAUAGUAUGAAAACACGCUGUGGUCGUACUGGGGGAACGUACGACCACAGCGUGUCUCAGGUGUUGUGGAACGACUGAUCAGAGAAGACGGCACAAAAACUAAAUGUAGCUUUUAAACUUCAGUGUUUGUCCAGAUGAAACCUCAGAUUCAGAGCAGCUGGGUCCGUUCCCUUUUGGACGACGCCUGAUUAUCUGGACUGAUAUUCCAUCUUGGAUUUUGGAGGACAUUAUGAUUUUUACAUAAUUCUCUCUGAAAAGCAAACGUAAACGACAGGACAUCUCUGCAGCUCAGCAACAUUUAGUUUUCACUCGCGUGCUGCUGUUUGAAAGCUGCUGAGCUUUUGAGGAAUUGGUCCGCCCCAGGCUAGCUGUUUUAUGCUAAGCUAAGCUAAGCUAAGCUAAGCGGCUGUAGCUUCAUAUGUGCAGACUGAGCAUGUGACUCUGAGAGGAGAUGUUGCUCUUCAUCAGGGAGCUGGCUCUCCUGCAGACUCAACGCUCACUCAGGCUACGUUCAAGAAGGCUAACACCACACAUCACAUUCCUGCAGCGCUCCUCCUCCUACUCCCCCUUCCUCCCCCUCCUGCCCCCCUCCUUCUUCCCCUCCCUCUCCUCCUGCUCCUCCUUCUCCCCCUGCUCCUCCUGCCCCCCUCCUCGUCCUGCUCCCCCUCCUCCUGAAGAUGCAGUUUGCUGUUGAAACUUUUUAAGGAGAUCUUUUUUGGAAAGUGUGUACAUUGAAGGUUUUUAACGCUUUACAUGUCUUUUUUUUUUCUCCCCUCGUAUCGGGCAUUUGGUCUGUAUAGUAUCCACCUGCUAACUGAAGCUGAGGUGUGUGGGCUGUAUGUGCAGGCGGUCUGCAGAGCGCCCACAUACAGGAUCACCUGUCGGAAGGACACAAUUUUUGCGACUAUUUAUAUUUCCUACAUUCUGUAUUCAACCUGACGCAUUUCGGGCAAUGCAAUUUUACAGUUGUUUGUACCUUUGCAAAAAAAAUGAAAUAAAGAAAAUGAUAAAGAA